AAACGGUUUGCAGGCUUCGUUCGAUCUGGUUGCGAGUGGCUCCGUUUUAGUCCUUUGAAUAGCAAGUCCUUUCUUAGUUAUCAUUGCAUAUUCAUUAUUGGUGCCUUUUUUUACUUGUGAUUCUGAACAUUUUUCGUGAUUUGGAUUUUAAUUUUUCGAAGCCUUUUGUUAAUUUUUAAUAGUGUGUUAUUUAGAACAGCAGAUCAUGAGCACAGAAAACGUAGGCGUUCCUAGCAACCGACUUUCGGCUUACAAACAUGGAGCGAAGAGUAACACGGAGCUCCGCCAAAAGCGCCACGAGGUAACGGUGGAAUUGCGAAAGAACAAGAAAGAGGAUCAACUUUUCAAGCGACGCAACAUUCACAGCGAGGAACCAACCGUCACCUCACCGUUACAGGAAAGUAACGCUCAAAGUCCCAUCGCUCUAAAGUUCGAGGAAAUUAUCGCCUAUAUAAACAGCAAUAAUCCGCAAAAGGAAUUCGCUGCUGUUCAGGCGGCUAGGAAAAUGUUGAGCAGAGAGAAGAACCCACCUAUAGACAAAAUGAUUGGUUUAGGUCUUGUUCCGAUCUGCGUCAAGUUCCUGGAUAAGUUCGACAGGGUGGACUUGCAAUUUGAAGCGGCUUGGGCACUUACUAAUAUUGCUUCCGGAACAUCUGAACAGACAAAGGCCGUUAUUGAUGCUGGAGCAGUUCCUCGAUUUAUAGCUUUACUGAGUUCUCCUUCUGGCAAUGUAGCCGAGCAAGCAGUUUGGGCUCUGGGUAAUAUCGCCGGAGAUGGGGCCAAAGCUCGUGACAUUGUGCUAGAUUAUAAUAGUGUAGAAUCGAUCAUUUACCUAGUACAGAAUUCAAAUACUCAGAUUUCGUUCCUGCGUAACAUCGUUUGGUUGAUGUCCAAUUUAUGUCGUAAUAAGAACCCGCAACCACCUUUCAACAGAAUUGAACCUAUGAUCCCAAUUAUUUCACAAUUGUUAGAACACGAAGAUUCCCAAGUGUUAGCAGAUGCCUGUUGGGCACUUUCAUACGUGACUGACGAUGAGGCAGCCCGAAUUGAAUGUGUCGUUGCAUCCGGGGCUGUUCCGCGACUAGUUCGUUUGUUGGGCUGCGAUAACCCGGCGAUAAUCACACCUGCCUUGCGAAGCGUUGGUAAUAUUGUAACCGGAAAUGACACACAAACAGAUGCAGUAAUCGAAGCUGGAGCUCUUCAAUAUCUUGGCAAGCUUCUGCGUAAUAGCAAAAAUAGUAUCGUCAAGGAGGCAGCUUGGACAAUUUCCAACAUCAGCGCCGGAAACCAACAGCAAAUCAGUAAAGUGUUUGAUUCUGGUGUUAUUCACAUUCUCAUCGAAGUACUUAUUAAGGGUGAUUUCAAGUCACAAAAAGAAGCGGCCUGGGCGAUAACUAACGUUACUACCGGGGGCUCGACGGAACAGAUCAUUCAUCUAGUGGAGAAAUAUCCGAUGAUGAAACCGUACUGCGAUUUGUUGGAUGCCAAGGAUAGUCGAACUGUUCGAGUGGUUUUAAGCGGAAUCUGUAAUAUUUUCCAAAUGGCAGACAAGAUUGGGGGUACGGAGAAUUUAUGCACAAUGUUCGAAGAGAUUGGAGCCCUGGAUAAGCUUGAAGCGUUGCAGAAUCAUGAAAAUGAGGAAGUUUACAAAAAGGCAUUGCAGUUGAUCGAAGCAUAUUUUAUUGACGCGGAGGAUGCCAACCCGGAACACGCUCCUAAGGAAGUGAACGGUGCGCUCGAAUUCAACCCAAGCUCACAGCAAGAAGGUGAAAAGUUUUCGUUUUAAAGCCACGCACCUAUGCUUCGUAUAGAAAACAAAAUGAGAGUAAGACUGGAAGAACAACUGGAUUGAUCUAUCGGUGUCUCUCAUCAACUCCUGUUCAUCAACAUAACUGCCAUUCGUGCAUGUUUUAGUUCUGUAUGGUGCCUUUCCAUUUUAUUCUGCCAAGCAAGUGAUGCAUCUGCUAGAUUUAGUAUGCCGAUAAUUUAAUAUACAAUCUCGUUUGGAAACAGCGUUG